CUUUUCCUCCCACAGAAUACCGAGAGUUCAAAAACAAAGAGGAGAAAUUUAACUCAACCUGAUGUUCUAGAGGUCGCAAUGGAGAAAACUUCGGCAACCAUGGAGGAUUUGCAGACGGCUCUGUCCACUCGAGGUUUGACAGUUUCAUCUCACCCGGACAAAGGUCGCCGCCUUCUGUCCACCAGAGACUUCUCUCCAGGAGAAGUAAUUUUGAGUGAAGAACCUUAUGUUUCUGUACCAAACAAAGAAUCAAGUGCAAGAUGCGAGUUGUGCUUCAAAUCUACUAAUGUAAAGAAAUGUUCGGCUUGUCAGUUUGUCUUGUAUUGUGGGAAUGCUUGCCAGAAGUUAGACUGGAAGUUGCAUCGUCUUGAAUGUGGAGCACUUUCAAAUAUUGAAAAAGAUAGGCUAAAGUGUCUCACGCCUUCAAUUCGUUUGAUGGUGAAGCUCUACCUUAGGAGGAGAUUGGAAAAUGAAAAGGUUAUCCCUUCAACUCAUACUGCCAACUAUAGUUUGGUGGAGGCUAUGGUUUCUCAUAUUUCGGAGAUCAGUGAAAACCAGUUGGUGCUAUAUGCCCAGAUGGCUAAUCUUGUCAACUUGAUACUUCAGAUGCCAGACAUCAAUAUAAAAGGAAUUGCGCAAAGUUUCUCCAAGCUUGCAUGCAAUGCACAUACCAUUUCUGACUGGGAAUUGAGACCCUUGGGGACAGGACUGUAUACCAUUGUUGCUAUUAUCAAUCACAGCUGCUUGCCCAAUUCUGUCCUGGUAUUUGAAGGAAGGUUGGCUGUCAUUCGUGCUGUACAACAUGUGCCGAAAGGAAGCGAGAUCCUGAUAAGCUAUAUAGAGACAGCUGGAAGCACUAUGACUCGGCAAAUAGCUCUCAAAGAACAGUACUUUUUCCGCUGCUCAUGUCCCUGCUGUGUAAAAAUGGGACAACCUGAUGACAUACGUGAAAGUGCAAUUCUUGAAGGUUACAGAUGCAAGGACAGUAAAUGUGAUGGUUUCUUAAUUCGGGAUUCUGAUGAUACAGGAUUUACAUGCCAGUUUUGCGGACUUAUCUGGAACAAAGAAGAUAUAAUGAUAAUUUCUAGUGAAAUGAAGUCAAUGUCAGAAAAAGCCUCCAAGUUGCUUUCUAAUUCUCGUAAUGCAGAAGCCAGUGCUACAUAUAAGAUGGUCGAGAAUCUCCAAGUGAAACUUUACCAUCGAUUUUCCAUUAAACUGAUGCGAACUCGUGAAGAUCUAUUGAAGGUAAUGAUGGAAAUGAAAGACUGGAAACAAGCUCUGGCAUACUGCAAAUUAACCAUUCCAGUUUAUGAGAGAGUAUAUCCAGAGUUGCACCCAUGCCUCGGUCUACAAUAUUAUACAUGCGGGAAACUUGAAUGGUUACUUGGGGAGACAGAAAAUGCCAUUAGGUCACUCACCAAGGCUGCAGAUAUACUGCGAAUUACACAUGGAUCAAGUUCUGGUUUCGUGAAAGAACUGGCGAUGAAGCUUGAGGAAGCACACGCAGAGGCUUCUUAUAACUCAUCUAAAGAAUGACCACUUAACAAGUACGGAGAUGGGGGAAUUCAAAUACAAACUAACAAGUCUUGCGAUAAAACUGAAACUAGUGUUCUAGAUCUGUUAGGAAAGUGAGUGAAAUCGUUUAAAGUAUUUCUUGACUCGAUAAGAUCUUUUAGUUGUCAUCUUAGGUAAUGGAUGUAAUUUUUUUUGGGAUAUAAAUGGUUGUAUGUUAUUUAAUAUAGUGAUGAAAUUGAGAAUAACAUUGUGAAAUUUCAUUCAAGUAAUAACUAAUUUAAGUUUUUAA